AUAGCCAAUAAUCAACUCAACUAUCAUGGCGUCAAAAUGUUUCCUCACGGCAAAUCGGGCCCUGGCUGCAAAGAAAAUUCCCUUCAGCACGAGAAGACUCAGUGGAACCCCGUGGACGAAAGAGGGCAUUAUAAAGUCACCCUUGAAACCGGUAGACGUCCCGAAUUGCACUGUGCAUGAAUAUAUAUGGCAGAAUUUGGAGAGAUGGUCGGAUCGAACGAUGGCGGUGUGCGGUUCAACGGGGCGAGGCUACACAUACUCACAAGGCUACCAACUGUCCUCGGCGUUCGCGGCGAAUUUGCGGAACAAGCUCGGGGUCCGCGACGGCGACGCCGUGGCCGUUAUGCUGCCCAACUUGCCCGACUAUCCCCUUGUAGCCUUGGGGAUAUUGGGCGCGGGAGCGGUUAUUACUAGUAUCAACCCUAUUUAUACUGCCCACGAAGUCCAACGACAACUGUUACUCUCCGACGCCAAAAUCAUCGUCACGCUCCCAGAAACCGUAGAAAUCGUGAAAAACGCCCUAAACAUGGCCAAGCUAAAGCUAGAAAUCAUCGUAGUCAAAACCAAUGAUAUCCCCACACCAGAAGGCACAAUAGUCUUCAACGAACUAAGUGAAGCAAAUGUAGACUUGUCAUGUUUGAAAGAAGUAAGGAGGACCGCUAAAGAUGUCUGUUUUCUACCAUAUUCUAGUGGUACUACUGGAGUGCCCAAGGGAGUAGAAUUGACGAAUGAGAACCUGGUGGCUAAUAUGGAACAGAUCAAUGAUCCUGUAAUAAAGACGCAUAAUGAUACUACAGAUUCCCACCAAGACUCCGUCAUGGCAGUGCUGCCCUUCUUUCACAUCUACGGAGCCGAGGUCAUCAUGUUCCACAAGCUGUCCCAGGGCGUUAAGCUGGUGACCCUCCCCAAGUUCCAUCCUGAAGAGUUCCUCGACGCCUUGGAGACGUAUAAGGCGAAUCUCUUAUUUGCGGCUCCUCCUAUAAUACUGAUGAUGGCAUCGCAUCCAGCCAGCUCCUCGAAGAAGCUGCAACACCUGGAUGUCAUCAUCAACGGAGCGGCACCCCUGGCCGCCACUGACGGCGAUAGGCUCAUCCAAAAAGCUGAGAGGAAAAUGGACUUCAGACAAGGCUACGGCCUCACAGAGACAUCACCGGUGGUCACAAUGACCCCUAAAGGCCUCGACAACUACUCGUGUGUCGGCCUCCCCAUACCCAACACGAACCUUAAGAUCGUGGACCAGAACCUAAGGAACCUAGGACCUAAUGAGAAAGGCGAGCUCCUAGUGCGAGGACCUCAAGUCAUGAAAGGAUACAAGGACAACGAGAAAGCGAACAUGGAGGCCUUCACAGAGGAUGGUUGGUUCAGAACAGGAGACCUUGCAGUUGCUGACGACCAGGGCAUAGUCACAAUUGCUGACAGACUCAAGGAACUCAUUAAGGUCAAAGGGUUCCAAGUACCCCCAGCGGAGCUCGAAGCAGUCCUACGCGACCACCCGUCUGUCGCCGACGCAGCCGUCAUAGGCAUACCUCACAAAUCCCACGGAGAAGUACCUAAGGCCUUUAUUGUCCUAAGAAAAGGACACGAGGCACAGCCGGGAGAUAUACGCGGUUUUGUAAAGGAGAGGGUGGCGGAGUAUAAAAGGAUUAGUGACGUGCAGUUUGUGGACAGUUUGCCGAAAAGUGGCACGGGAAAGAUAUUGAGGAGAGAACUCAAGGAGAAAUACAUGUGAUUAGAAGUACUGGUCAACCGGGGUGACUUUGAAAAGCAGGGGCGACUUAAAAAAAUUCAGGUUUUCAGCCGUAAUAUAUUUUAGUAGUAGGCAAACAAGUAUAUAUACUCGUGUUUAAAAAAUUACCAUUUACUUUGACCUACUACUAUAAUAAUCUGAAUUGUUAAACGAACAGUUCGUGUAAAAUCCAUAUAGAUAGGUAAUAGUCCCAGGGAAGGAUGUAGGAUAGUUUUUAUCCCGAAAAUCUUAAAAGGAUGAAAAGCGGGUUGGAAGCAAGUUAUUUGAGAUGAUUGCGAUACAUCGCCUGAUAAUUAAUGUAAGCAUUACAGCCAGGGCCGAAACUAGGGUAGAGCGAGUGGAGCGGCCGCUCUAGGCGCCGGAUGGCAAGGGGGGCGCCAAAAUGGCAAAUGAGAAGAAAAAGGGUAAAAAGCUUUAACGAAGGGCGCCAAAACCCCAUUUAGCUCUACCCUGAUCAAGGACUCGGGCCGGCACUGAUUACAGCAUAAAUUUAAUGAUGGCUAUUAUUUUUUUAUCAUCUAGGCGCUGUAGCUGUCUCUCAAAUAAGGAAGUGUGUGUAAGGAAUCAAUAAAGCAGAUUUGAUAAAAACAAGCUACUCAAAUCACUAGUUCCACGCAGACAAAAGCAAAAGCGGGCGAGAGCUAGUAAUUAAUAAUGCUAAUUUAGUGGCCAUUUUAAAACUAUCAGAGUAUCCCCA